GUCGUAUCUGCGGAUACACUCAGUGUUAUUGGUGAUAAUGUUGUGGCUGUGUUAUAAGCAGAUUGUAUCAGAGUGAGCAUGGUCGAAGAUGCUGCGUCUAGAUACAGAUAGCAGAGCAUCGGAAGCUACAGACCAGGAUGUCCUUCGGGAACUGGAGGUACGCUAUCCACAGAUCUACACACGUAGGAAAGAACGGAAAGCAAGGCAAGAGGCACUGAAACUCUCCAAAAAGUCGACUAACCACAGUCCACGGGUUCAUUUUGAUAAUGAAGAUGACAGAUCUUUUGGUCGAGAUGUUCGAGGCAGACGUCACUCUGAAUGCAUUAUUGGUAAUACAGGCAGAAUGCAGAUUGAACCGGAGAUUGUGGGAAACGUUAAUGGUGUUGAAUCGCUGUUGUCAAAUCAGAAAAGUCCUUACCAAAGACGAAAUACUAGUCCUGCAAUAGACAUGUUACCAAGCUGUAAGUCAGAUGCCUUGAAAGAAAGACUCAAGAGCAAUGCAGAAAGGUUGAAUGACCUCUUGUACCACCAGUCGCCGUUCUCUGGUAAAGAUGGCAGCUCAACUGCGAGAGAGAAUGGUCAAGUGGUGUGGAAUGGUGCUGAUCAUGUUGACCGGCAGCAUGAAUUGAAACAGGACAGAAGAAAUAGUGAAGGGAGUUUGAAAAUUCUGACCAACAUUCAAAAUGGGCAUUUGUCAAAGAAGGACCCUUCAGUUAAUUUGCUGUGCCAAAGGAUAUUUAAUAGUCAGGAUAAGGGUGAAAGGGAAAGAAAUUCGGAUUUUAUCUUCAACACUACAUUCCGGAGAAGUUCAGAUAUUACAGAAGCUUCAAGGCUCCAUGAUGUCCAGAUGACUCAGCUGACAGUGAUGUCACCGUUGCAGAGUCCAGAGUCCCAGGCUGAUAGUGCUAUUGAUAUGGAAUCGGCAUCGGUGCAAUCAGAGAUGUCGGAGCUACGUAACGGAGGUCAAUCUUCAGAGUGUACAUCUGAUAUUCUACCCUCUUGCUACAACACAGAAUCUAAUGGACUCGGCGAAAGAGAAAAUACAGAGUUAUCUACCUUUGGUGUCAAAAAACAUUGCAAGGAUAACGAGGUCAGAAAUCGGCCCUUAUCUAGUCUUCCGAACUUCGUGGGUGACUUGGCAAUCCGAAGUCUGCAGUCGCUCCACACAGACAGAGAACAGAGCUCCAGUGAUGAGUCCUCAUCACCCAGAAGCCCUGGAACCCCCAAGUCUGGCUCCCCGCUGGUCAGCCCGUGCAGGGUCAGACUGCAGGGGCAGACAACUCCACGGAAGUGUGGGCCAAUGAGAGCUGACCACAGCCUCUGCUCCAGCACUUCCAGCAUCGGACACUCUGACAGGCAAGAAUAUUUUGAUCACACAGAGUUUGACAUUUAA